CAUCACCUCUUACUUUGUUAUGUACGUAGUCGGAGAAAAAAGAGCAAAGGAAGAUCGCUGUAUGUGCUCUUCUUAUUAGGGGGGGGUUGCUCUUUUAUAAUAAAGCCCGGUCUUCGGCUUUCAACCUAUUUCGAACACAGUUCUUUCUUUUUCUCUCUUUUUCUUUCGUUUCACACACAAACAAUGUCAUCUCCAUUACCGGUGAAUGCCAAAGCAUUCUCCGAUCGACACAAUCAAGAACAAUACCAAAAUGACAGCGAACGGAAUCUUGCCGGUUCGUUUGACCGAGCUUCGUCCAUAGCCCGCCUGUCGUCUUCACCCGUCCCACCCAACGUCUUUUACGGCUCGUCUCCAGCGGCAUCCAUCAAAACCUAUGGCAGCACAAACGGCAACGGCGGUGGUGCUGGUGGCGGCGCCGACUUGAGCCGAGUAGGCAGUAGCCACUCACUCUUCCGCCCCUUGUCCAAUACAACCACACAUACGGAUUUGCCAGAGGGCCAAGUUGCCAAAAUGGUAAAGCGACACUUGGUCGAGACCUCGCCAGUGCCGUCACGUCACGAAGACGAAUACCCGUCGGAUGACAACUCGUCCGGCAUCACGUCAGUCCAUCAGCUUCCUGGUGGAUCGAUCACCCACGGUAUCUACAAGUGGACCGAAAAUGUAGAGCACAGUCGAUACCAGCGGAAACGAACCCGAUCCGUGGUAUUGCCGCGCAACGAGCCGUCAGAUCCUGCCUUGGCCAACCUCAAGGAUCCGGGAGGUUUCCGUCGUCAUUUUAUUCGUGCACAGCGUCAAGGCCAGGAGCCAUCGCCUUGGGCGACCAAGUCGUUUGUUGAGUUUCUGGCAUUGUAUGGCCAUUUUGGUGGUGAAGAUCUGAGCGAUGACGAGGAUGAUGAUGACGACGAAGAAGAAGAAGGGUUCUUGGAGGGUGCAGAUGAGGAGUCUCCGCUGAUACCUCAGAGACGUGGCGACGAACCGCAGGGCACGGCAACGCCAGCAAAGGCGGUGUUCUUACUGCUAAAGUCAUUUGUCGGCACCGGAGUCAUGUUUUUACCCAAAGCGUUUUACAAUGGAGGCUUGAUCUUUUCAACGGUCCUGCUUUCGUCCAUUGCGGUCAUUUCGCUCUAUGCCUUCCUUUUGCUCAUUGAGACGCGUAACAAGGUUCCAAUGUCAUUUGGUGACAUUGGUGGCGUCCUCUUUGGCAAGGGCAUGCGUCUUCUUGUGCUGUUUGCCAUUACACUUUCGCAGAUUGGCUUUGUGUGUGCAUACAUGGUCUUUGUUGCACAGAACCUGCAGGCCCUCGUAGAGUCUAUCUUCCACUGCGAGGUUAACGUCCCUCUCGCCUAUCUCAUCCUGGGCCAGAUUAUCGUGUUUGUGCCCUUGGCCAUGAUCCGAAAGAUCCAAAAGCUGUCUGCCUUUGCCUUGAUUGCUGAUUUGUUCAUUCUCAUCGGCCUGGUCUACCUCUACUAUUACGAUUUCCUUGUCCUGGCUACGCAUGGCAUUGGCCAAGUCAUCUGGACUGUCAACCCGUCUUCCUUCCCCAUGUUUAUCGGCACCGCUGUGUUUACAUACGAGGGCGUUGGCCUUGUGAUCCCCAUCACCGAAUCCAUGAAGGAUCCGUCAAAGUUCCCCAAAGUGCUUUCAUGGACCCUUUUCGGCAUCACCCUCCUGUUUCUGUCCAUCGGAUUCAUCUCUUAUCUCGCAUUCGGUGAAGAGGUCCAGACUGUCAUUAUGCUCAACCUGCCUGCCACCGGUACGGUCGAUACCAUUCAAGGCCUCUACGCACUGGCGAUCUGCUUGUCCAUCCCACUCCAGUUGUUCCCAGCCAUCCGUAUCAUGGAGAAUGGUCUGUUUACCCGCUCCGGCAAGAACAACCCUGUGGUCAAGUGGCAAAAGAACGCAUUCAGAUUCGCCAUGGUUUUGGCGUGCGCCGGAAUUGCCAUUGCUGGCUCGAGCGAUCUCGAUAAGUUUGUCUCUCUGAUCGGUUCCUUUUGCUGUGUUCCGCUCUGUUUCCUGUUCCCACCACUGUUUCAUCUCAAGGGCGUGGCCAGUACGUUCCGUCAGAAGUUUAUCGAUAUCACCAUCAUCGUGUUUGGCGUUGUAUCAAUGACAUACACAACCUUCAUCACCGUCUCUCUUUGGUCCACCGGUGAUGAAGCUCCACCAGUCUCUAGAUGCAUUCCUCAUGGCAACUAGACUGUAUUUUUCCUAACACACACACAAAUAUACACACAUACACUCGCUUGCUCCAUCCACAACAUUAUAUCCUCCUAUACCAUGUUCUGUUCUUUUUUCCUUCUUUUAAAUACAUAUUGAAUAAAUAGCCUAUCUUGUCAAUAACUCAUAUAAAGACUUUUACAUAUGCCAUUACCAUAUCAUAGCAAUCUCUAUACAAUAACAUUUGUCUCACUAGAAACGACAAGUAUUACAGUGCUCCCUUCAAUUUAAAAUGUAAAUGCAACUGUACUGGAUAAUAAAGAG